AUGGACUCGACGCUUGUCAACAUCGCCACCCGUACCCUGAAGCACCAUGGUGUACCCGUUUGCAUUGUCGGAGAGCUUGCACGGAAUUACUACAACGUUCUCCGGGUCUGCCAUGACCUAGAAAUCUGCGUCCCCGAAACCAGUUCACUUGUUGCAGCUGGCCUCUUGUGCUCCACGCGGCUCUUUGAACCGUGGGUUCAUGAUGGAAACUUCAACAACUACACCGAGUACAAGCGCGGCAUCAUGUACUCGUACCGCCUGGUGUCGACCGGCAAGCUAGAUGACAUUGCCACCCUGCGGCUUCCUCGCCUGGUACCGCCCCUCAAGGACAUGGCCAGCCGGUACUUGAACGCGGCGGAUGACGUGGCCAUGAUUGCCGCCGAGCAGCUCGUUGACGACAUGAACCUUUGA